AUGGUGCUUGAAAUGCACGAGGAUGAGAUAACGAAUGUGGUCCGCAAAGAGAAAAUCAUAUUAAAAUUAGGGCAGCAUCUCUUUAAUAAGCAUGGCCAUGAUGUCACAAAACAUGAAUAUAUCCGACAAAAGAUGCGUGAGACGGGGCGCCUAGUCCUCCAAGGAAGAAAGAACGGCAAGUUGAAGGAGGUGUCAGAUUUCUUCAUCCCGGCUAAUUUUCCUCAUGUCAUCGAAGCGGUUCACAGUGUGGCUGGCUGGAAUGAGGAAACAAGCACAUACAAAGCUCCAUCUUUAGCCCUGAAGUUAGGGCACAACCUCAAGAAGAUGGCUAACAUUAUUGAAUGUGAGGCAAUGAUGUCCGGUGAUAAGAAUACACUUAGCAAUGUGCAGGCCUUUAAACAAAUCUGCGAUACUAAAUGGAGUGAGUGCGUGUCGUCCCAGGCCCUCCGAAAUUUGAGUGAAGCAAAAUGGAACUCUCCACAACUUCUUCCCUUUGCUGAAGACGUGAAGAAAAUGCACCAGUAUCUGGACAGCCAGAGUAAGGAGCAUCAGACAAAACUUGAAGAAGAACCAAGUAUCAAGCACUGGGCAGAACUUGCGAAGGUGACACUCUGUCAGGUGAUACUUUUUAAUCGUAGAAGGGAAGGAGAGGUAUCCAAGAUGUCCCUUAAUUCUUUUAUAUUGAGGGACACCUCCUCGACUCAUCCAGACGUAGAGCUUGCUUUAUCAGACCUUGAGAAGUCACUUUGUAAGUAUUUCCAGAGGAUUGAAAUAAGAGGCAAACGUGGACGAAAGGUCCCCAUUCUUCUCACACCAGAUAUGGUGACAUCGAUGGAGUUGCUUGUCAAGACUCGCCGUAACUGCGAUGUGCUCGAUGAGAACAUGUUCAUGUUUGGAAGACCACAAGCACUCAGUCACUUCAGAGGAUCAGAUGUUAUUCGUCAGAUCGCUCGAAGCUGUGGAGCAGAACACCCAGCGGCGUUAUCCUCCACGAGACUGAGGAAGCACAUGGCCACCAUGUCCAAGGUCCUUAACUUAAAGGACAAUGAAAUGGAUGACCUUGCUGACUUCCUAGGACACGACAUCAGGGUCCAUCGACAGUACUAUCGGCUACCUGAAGGUACAUUACAGCUGGCCAAGAUAAGUAAAAUUCUUAUGGCCAUGGAACGAGGACAGCUAUCUGAAUUCAAAGGAAGGAAUCUCGAUGAGAUCCAGAUCGAUCCACAAGAGAGAGUACUGAUGGACAGUGAUGGAUCAGACUCUGAGAACGAGAAAGAAAUGACUGAAAAUGAUGCUUCAGAUUCACCUUCAAAUUCAGCAGACAAAUCAAAGAAGUCCACUGCUGAAGUUGGACAACACAAAAAUCAACAACCUCCAAAAGGCAAGAAUGAUAAAAAACUGCAGUUGAAUGACAAGGACUUGGAGGAACCACACACAACAAAGAGAUCUUCACAAAACUCACGGAGAAAGUGGUCUACAGAGGAGAUUGAGGCUGUGGAGAAGACUCUGAUGGACUGCAUCAGGUCAGGAAAGGUUCCUGGGAAAGCUCAGUGUAUGGAGUGCAUUGAAAGCUCCCCAGCAGCACUUCAAGGGAGAACUUGGGAGGGGUGAAAUUUUAUGUUAAGAAUCGUAUUGAUUCCUUAAAGCGAAAAAUGUAACGCAAAAGGUGAAAGGGCCUUUAUCUAGAUGUCUUUCCCACUAUGUUUUUGAAGACAACAAGUUCAUGUUGGUUUCUUCAAGCAAAAAAUUGGUGGAAGGGCCUUUACCUAGAUGUUUUUUUUUCCUGUUUGUUAAAGGCAACAUGUUCAAAAUGUGUUUGCUUACAAAACAAAUUUCAGUACGUUAAUAGAGCUUUCAAGUUAACACACUGACAAGUUAAAUAAGUGUUUAAGAGAAUUAAGAAGUCAGUUUUGUGUUGAGUUUUUGGAUUCACAAAGACAGUGUUAAUGUGAACAGUUGCUGAAGCUGAAAUUGCACAUUUUUAUUUAUAUGCAGCCUGUUGCAUAUUGUGCAAGAAGUAUUGAAUAUUGAAUAAAAAAGUGAUGCAUUUGAUCUAUUCCUCUACUCCAGAGUUUUGUGUACUGUUACAAGCCUAAUAUUUAUAGAAAUAUAUAGAAGUUUGAAUGGCAGGUAUGUGGUGUUUUAAUUCAGAGUGGAUUCCAGUACACACAGAUCAUUAUUAUUUAGACCAUGAUACCCAUGGUGUCAAUGCUCCAUGAACAUUUCUUGCUUGUCAUACAACUUAACUUGUCUUAGUUGUUAUUUGGACAUUUUCAGAUUCUCAAAACUGAAGAAAAUUAGAUGUGUUAAACAGGAAGUGAGGUAAGGCUCGUUUUCACUGUUUACAUCCCCAGAGAAAUGGUCUAUUCAGAAAAAAAUAUAAACUUUUAAACAACUCUUUAAUGAUUGUCCAAACUUAAACUUUGUUGUUAAUCUUAUAAUGGCUUAUAAUUCUUAUAAAAUAAAUCAUCUGUAGAUAAUUCAUAGUAGUGACACCCGAUGGUGGUUUGUGGUAAGACACAAUAGCGACGUCCCCACCAGAAUAGAAAAACCUGACAAAAAUGAAGCUUUUUAAACUUAAGAUUUUUUGAUAAUAAAUAUGAUUUUUUUGGAUAAAAAAAUCCCUCCUGACACCUCUGACUUAAAAUUAUAGAUUUAUUGUAUUUAGAAAUUGCUGUCCCCACAUGUAACCUCCUACUCAUGAGUCCCCGCAAUGUAGCAAAAACAAGUAUGUGUGUGUGUGUGUG